UUUUGGUCUUAUGAAAAGAGUUAUGAACCUAGGAGAGUUUACUGCUGCUGGAGAAAAGAAGUUGUUCAGACAGGCCACAUUGUACUCAGUAAAUAAAAAGACUCUGAAUUUGAUCGACAACAAGACCUUCGCUGAAACUCAAGUCACAAAGCGACGUAACAAAAUGUUUGCCAGUCCUAGGGAACAAAUGAGAAGGACCGAGGUAGAAUAUGAGGAUGCUCUCAUUGCAACUGCAGAGAUAUCCAGAAUGGCAAUGACUGCCAAGACGAAUCUACAGCCUAAUAACACAUUCUUUAAUACUACAUCAAGCAAGGUUAGUCCUAAGGAGAGAAUAGAGAGUAAUAUUUACAAAAAUUAUUCUAAGAGAGCUUCUUCUAACAGGGUCAAAGCUUCUUCAGAUAUGAAAUAAAAUUUCAUUUAUUAACAACUUCCAGAAAUGCUUUAAGCCGAAUGUGAAUGAUAGACAGAACCUCAAGCUUAGCAAUACCAUGUUGAAGAAACGGACCCAGAACAGUCUGGUAGAUAUUGAACUCGGGGAACCUAGGGAGCUUAGUCCAGAAAUUACAGGCUCAAGAAACUUGAAAAGAUUGAUGAGUGCUAAGACUGAAGCUAAGCAAAUAGCAGACAGAGAUAGCUUUGUGAGAGUUAUCAAUGAUCAAAACAUUUCAUACCUCAUCAAUAGGAACCAGAAGUACAAAAGAACUAAUAUCAUUGCUCACAAGAGUCAUAAAUUUCCAAAAGAAAGCAAGAGGGCUAGAUUAUUAAAAUAAGGAUUAUGUUACAAAUACUCAGACAAACCAGAUCUUGGUAUGAAGAAAUAAUAAGAAGAAAUCUGCUUUCUCUAAGGACAGUCGGCAGGCAAUCAACCCGCUUCAUUUCUAUAAACAAAAAGUCUAUUCUCCUUUGAAAGUAGAGAAUAAUGAGCAAUUUAACCUUGCUUAUGAAGGGAACCAUAAAUAUGUUAAAGCACUUGAGAAGAAUCCUGCUAUCUUUAGGAAGGGUAAAGGAAUGUGCUGUGAACAGGCAAAGUAUGCAUUAAGAACAAGGAUCCUCUCUCCUAAUAGAUAG